CCUACACAGCUCUGUAACGCAGAUGUCUGCGGAUGUGACGUACUAACCGUGACCUUCCUCCCUUCAGUAACGUACAGUCAUGUAGACGAGCAAUAUGAAUCAGUUGGAAAUGUAGAAUAGAGAAUCACUUCAGGAAACGCUUAACCGUCAGUUUACACAGUUUUCCGCAGAAGUGGGAACAAUGGUGAAGUAUUUCAGCUGUUCAGGCUUUCUGAAAAGCUCAUGGGACCAAGUGUUUCUGGCCUUCUGGCAGCGAUACCCAAACCCCUACAGUAAUCAUGUUUUAACUGAAGACAUCAUAUUUCGGGAGGUCACUCCGGACAACCGGCUCAUUUCCAGACGUCUCUUGACCAAAACGAGCAGAGCUCCUCGCUGGGCGGAGAAGUUUCUGCCGGCACACAUGGCACAGAAGGCUUUUAUUAUCGAAGAUUCAAUAGUUGAUCCUCAGGACAAAACCAUGACCACGCUUACCUGGAACAUCACUCACGCUCGUGUGAUGAGUAUUGAAGAGCGAUGUGUGUACAGCGUGAACUCCGAAAACAACAACUGGACCGAGAUCAAGAGAGAGGCCUGGAUAUCCUCCAAGCUGUAUGGUCUCUCUAGAGCUAUUCAGGAAUUUGGUCUUGCCCGGUUUAAGAGCAACGUUACGAAAACCAUGAAAGGCUUUGAGUUUGUCCUGGCCACAAUGCAAGGUGAAACACCCACAAGGACUUUGGCGGAAACGGCAACUGUAAAGGCUCGUGAAACUGCACUCGCUGCCAAAGAGAAGGCUAAAGAUUUGGCCACGCAAGCUCAGAAGAAGCAGUACGUAUGAUGGAAGUGACGCAGCAGGCGGCGUGUCCGGACUCUCCCUGUGCUUCCCAACAGAGAUGUGCCAUUCCAUCAAAUAGGAAGAUUGUUUCCGAAAGGUACACAUUUUGGAUGUCUCACUGAUGAAACACACCUGCUUCAACUUAUCAGCUCAUGAGUAAAGACUUCAAGACCUGAAAUGGGUGUGGUUGAUGAGCGGACAUCCAAAAUGCGCACUCUUCAGGAACAGGAUCGAGCUCCAAUGAAUUAUGGCACAAAUUAGAUGGGUUUUGUUGAAUAAUUCUAGAUGAACAUUUUGGGACAUUACCAUUUAACAAAUUGGAGAAAAUGCCUAUCCAGAUUCUUCCGAAUUAGAAUGCAUUUCGUAAACGGAUGUGCUCUUCAACCAAAACCCUCAAGUAGGUACGAUUUAUGCAGCAACGUCCUCUUGCUUCUAGUCUAAUUUUACAUGAAUUGUUUGCAUUUUAGAUGUUGUCUUUACAAAGACUGUUCUGGAAAUCAAUUGAACUUCUCUGAUUUUGAUAAUUUUCCAACACUGCCAUCUCUGAACUUUCAUGUUUACUCUUGCUGAGGUCAAUGUGUUUGCUGCUUCAAAUUGAAGUUCUCUCUGCAUUGAUGGGUCCACAGUUCUAGCGGUUUUUAUUUAUACGUGAUAUCUACAGUGUUCUGCAAUAGGGCCUGAUCUUUGGCAUUGAAGAGCAUAUGUCAGAAAGGAUCGCAGUGGACGGCAAUGUCCGUAUACAAAUGUGAAAAUUUCAAAUGUUGAAUGACUGAAAUAAAUGACUUUGUUUAAUGAAAAACGGUAAACAAAUGUUUUAUACAGUAGCUCUUAACAAUUGUUUGAGAUCAACAAUAAAUAUUUUCUAUCCGA